AUGGAUCGACUGGGACUUCUGUUCAUGGGACGAGAGAAAAUGAAGGGAUGUGGUGGAGCAUUUUCGGCUCAAUUCAAUUUGUCAGAACCUAUGGUUGGCUCUUUCAAUAAUGCUUCAAUAAACCGAGAAGCUAAAUACGCAUGGCAUGCCAUGGCACGUUAUAGGCCUUAUGAGUUCCUGCCGAACUCUUGGUACGAUUAUCAACAUAUUCCGGAAGGUGAAAUAUCACAAGAUUCAGAGAUCCGUUUGUUCCGUAAUAAUAUUCGGAAAGUUUAUCGGAAAUUGAAUUCAGUUAUCGUGGAAUGA